CUCUGUGUUCACCGCCUGGUGCGAGUGUUAUUUUUUUCUCGAGAUUCCUCGUGCUGCAUUUGUGAUCCCAGAGAGGUUCCAGUAUCCCUUUGCCAGCUUGAUUGUUGAGAAAACAAUUAGUGAGAAGCUGAAUGUGUUGGACUAGAGGAUAAUAAUUCCUGCUUGAGACAUGCCUCCUGUGAGCUGUGUAGCAUGUGGCUGUGAAAACAAGAGGAUUAAACUGGUCCAGUGCCUCCACUCUCUGUGCAUGUCAUGCCUUGAGCAGAAUGUUGAUGAAGAUGGCUCCGUUACGUGUCCGAAGUGUAGGGCUUCAACACCAUGGCAGCAGGUUGGAUGCUCCCCCAUGCUGUCUUUGCCAGAUAGCUAUGCCAAUGUAGAGGGUAGUGGUACAGAGCAGAAGUCUGCAGUGUCGUGUGAUGAAUGUAUGGAUGUAAAAGUGGCUGUUUCGCGCUGUGCAACAUGCCGCAGUCAUCUGUGCAGUUUUCACACUGAAGGACACAAGAUCUCCCGAGCUACACAUGAUCAUGAGGUACUUGCAUUGACUGAAGCAGGCACUGAGACUGCUGAGACCGCUACUGCUGCUUCAGCUACGCAAUCACAACAUCGCUGUGCACUGCACCCAAGCAGCAUCCUGACCAAGUUCUGCACAAAGUGUAAGAAGCUGUUAUGUGAGCGAUGCAUUGGUACUGGAAAACAUGAGCCACACAAACAAGAUCUUGUGUCUAUCAAUGCUGCAGCAGAGAAGAUGAGAGCGUCAGUGAAUGAUUUGUUGUUGAGCUGUGUGUCUGAGAGAGAUGGCAUUCUGGAGAGCUCCAUUGAGAAAGUACAGUCCUCCAUUCGUAACCUUCAUGAUCAGAUAGAGCUUGCAUCAGAAGAGGCCGUGCUAUUUUUCCGUUCUCUGGUAGAAACUAUUCAGAAACGAGAAACCAGUGUUCUGAAUGAACUUGAUGAUCUUCGAAGUCAGGCACUGGGACCUCUGGAGAAGCAACUCGCUAGGCUGCAGGGCAGUGUGUCGCAAACGGAGGUGGUGAGAGGCAUGCUGGAUGCUUGCCAGGACAGUGUGGAUUUUGUGCGCAUGUCGUCUUGGCUAGUGACAGCCUUGAACAGUGCAGCGGCGGUUGGCAAGAGUAAUGCUGAGCCAUGUGUUGUGAGCGGCAUCGUCUUUGCGGCAAGCGACACACGUGAUCUUGUGGCUGCCAUCAGCAAAGCUGGUCUUUGUGUUGACGCAGCAAAGAACAAAGUGCGUUGCUCAGGCAAUCGUAAGAUGGGCAGUGAUGUUGAGAUCGACAUAGAGAUGGAGCACCUUUCCGAUGCUGCUACUAUCAGCCAAGACCAGCUGAGGAAGAUCGAUGUAGGAGUUUGUGUGACAAAUCCGGACGGCAAGACAGUCCAGUGCGAGCCCCUACAGCAAUCAUCUACUGGACAUCUGGUGACUAAAUGCCGUCCUGCUGCAGCCGGCGAAUACGCUGUUACCACUACGAUUGCAGGUGUUCCUCUGAAAGGUAGUGGAGUGAAGUUCAGUGUUGUUCCACCAGCACCUGCUCAGCCG